GGAGAGCGCGCUCCUGCGGAGGAGGCUGUGCUCAUCCCGGCGGCCGAGCGCUCCAGUACUCGCCGGGCUUCGCAGAUGGCUUGCCCCGCUCUCGGUCUGGAAGUCCUUCAACCCCUGCAGCCCGAACCACCUCCGGAGCCUGCCUUCGCCGAGGCACAGAAGUGGAUCGAGCAAGUCACUGGUCGAAGUUUUGGUGACAAAGACUUCCGGACAGGACUAGAAAAUGGAAUUCUUCUUUGCGAGUUGCUGAAUGCUAUAAAGCCAGGACUUGUUAAAAAGAUCAAUAGAUUGCCUACCCCCAUUGCAGGAUUGGACAAUACCAUCUUAUUCUUGAGAGGCUGUAAGGAGCUUGGCCUUAAAGAAUCUCAACUCUUUGACCCGAGUGACCUUCAGGAUACCUCCAACAGGGUCACUGUCAAGAACCUCGAUUAUAGCAGGAAACUGAAAAACGUGUUAGUGACCAUUUACUGGCUGGGGAAAGCUGCAAACAGCUGCACAUCCUACGGUGGAACCACACUGAACCUGAAGGAGUUUGAAGGGCUGUUGGCUCAGAUGCGAAAGGAGACUGACGACAUCGAGAGCCCGAAGCGCAGCAUCCGAGACAGUGGCUACAUCGACUGCUGGGACUCUGAACGCAGCGACUCCCUCUCUCCUCCUCGCCACGGACGGGAUGACUCCUUUGACAGUCUGGACUCUUUUGGCUCCCGCUCCAGGCAGACACCUUCACCGGAUGUAGUUCUCAGGGGAAGCAGUGAUGGAAGAGGAAGCGAUUCUGAAUCAGACUUGCCGCACCGGAAGUUGCCAGAUGUGAAGAAAGAUGAUAUGUCCGCACGAAGGACUUCUCAUGGUGAGCCGAAAUCAGCAGUGCCUUUUAACCAGUACCUCCCGAACAAAAGCAACCAGACGGCCUAUGUCCCGGCACCUCUGAGAAAGAAGAAGGCAGAGCGGGAGGAAUUCAGGAAGAGCUGGAGCACCGCCACCUCGCCCCUGGGAGGGGACAGGCCCUUCAGAUACGGCCCCAGAACUCCUGUGUCAGAUGACGCAGAGAGCACGAGUAUGUUUGACAUGCGGUGUGAGGAGGAGGCAGCGGUGCUGCCGCACAGCAGGGCCCGCCAGGAGCAGCUGCAGCUGAUAAAUAACCAGCUGAGGGAAGAGGACGACAAAUGGCAAGAUGACCUGGCUCGCUGGAAGAGCCGGAGAAGAAGUGCUUCACAGGACUUGAUCAAGAAAGAGGAAGAAAGGAAAAAAAUGGAGAAGUUGAUGUCUGGAGAAGAUGGGACAAGUGAACGGAGGAAAAGCAUCAAAACUUACAGAGAAAUCGUCCAAGAAAAAGAGCGGAGAGAGAGGGAGCUUCACGAGGCAUACAAGAACGCAAGGUCGCAGGAGGAGGCCGAGGGGAUCCUCCAGCAGUACAUCGAGAGAUUCACCAUCAGUGAGGCUGUCCUCGAACGCUUAGAGAUGCCAAAAAUCCUGGAAAGAAGCCAUUCAACAGAGCCAAACGUGUCCUCCUUCCCGAACGACCCCAGCCCCAUGAAGUACCUGCGGCAGCAGUCACUGCCCCCGCCCAAGUUCACUGCCACGGUUGAGACCACCAUCGCUCACACCAGUGUCCCAGAGAGCAUUGCAGCAGCAGGCACCGGGUCUCCAAGCAAGACCAUCACUCCAAACACAGUGCCUAUGUUGACACCCAGGCCUUACUCACAGCCCAAAAACUCGCAAGAGGUUCUGAAGACUUUUAAGGUAGAUGGGAAGGUCAGCAUGAAUGGGGAAAUGGCCCCUGGAGAUGAGGAAGGAAAGGAAAAAGAAGGCCCCGCAGCGGCGGCCCCUGGCCCUUCCUUAACCAAGUCCCAGAUGUUUGAAGGUGUGGCCACGGUGCACGGCUCUCCUGUGCAGGUGAAACGAGGCAGCAACAGCAUCGAGAUCAACAUCAAGAAGCCAAACUCCACUCCCCAGGAACCAACAGCAGCCUCUGAGGGAACUGAAUCGAACGGCCAAGAAGAUGAAGACGGUGAAGAGGGGCCAGGGCCAGGGGAUUUGGAGCCUGACUCCGCAGAGCCCCAGCACUUCACGACCACCGUGACUCGGUGCAGCCCAACGGUGGCCUUGGUGGAGUUUUCGUCCAACCCGCAGCCGAAGAAUGAGGUGCCAGAACAAGACCAGAAGAAGCCAGAAAACGAGAUGAGUGGGAAGGUGGAGUUAGUGUUGUCACAGAAGGUGGCAAAGCCAAAAUCCCCAGAGCCAGAAGCAACCCUGACGUUUCCAUUUCUCGACCAAAUGCCUGAAACCAACCAACUACAUUUGCCAAAUCCCAGUUCUCAAGCGGAUUCUCCAAGCAGCGAAAAGUCCCCUGGGAGCACACCUUUUAAGUUCUGGGCAUGGGACCCAGAAGAGGAGCGCCGGCGACAGGAGAAAUGGCAGCAGGAGCAGGAACGAAUGCUGCAGGAGAGGUAUCAGAAGGAGCAAGACAAGCUGAAGGAGGAGUGGGAAAAGGCCCAGAAGGAGGUUGAAGAAGAAGAACGCAGAUACUACGAGGAGGAGCGUAAGAUAAUUGAAGACACCGUGGUUCCCUUCACUAUUUCCUCAAGCUCUGCAGACCAACUGUCUACAUCCUUGUCUAUAACUGAAGGCAGCGGGACAAGGAAUAAGAUGGACUUGGAAAACUGCCAAGACAAAGAAAACGAGAGAAGACCGAAGAUGCCUUUCCAGGAGAAUGACAGCGACUCAUUGCUCAAAGCUAGAGAAGGUGGUCCGCCAGAGGAGGAGAGCAGCCUAACUCCAAGUCCCUCCGCUAACCCUGAAAACUCCGUGUCAAAAAGAAUCCAUCAGGACCCGCAGCUGGAGGCAGAGGCUGGGGCCUCACACUGUGGUACAAACCCACAGCCAGCUCAGGAUCCACCUUGGAAUCAACAGAUACCAAACCCACCAACAUCCACGUCGGAAGAUGUGAAGCCCAAAACUCUGGCCCUGGAGAAAACUGUCAAUCAUCAGAUGGAGUCUCCGGGGGAAAGGCGGAAGAAAAACCCUCGAGAGAACUUCCGGGCUGGGCCCCUGUCCCCGUGCCCUCCCACCCCUCCCGGACAGUCUCCAAACAGGUACACGAGGUCUAUAAGCGGGAAGAAGCUGUGCUCCUCCUGUGGGCUCGUUUUGGGUAAAGGCGCCGCGAUGAUCAUCGAGACCCUGAAUCUCUACUUUCACAUUCAGUGUUUCAGGUGCGGCAUCUGUAAAGGACAGCUUGGAGACGCAGUGAGCGGGACAGACGUCAGGAUUCGCAAUGGUCUCCUAAACUGUACCGACUGCUACAUGCGAUCCAGAAGUGCCGGCCAGCCUACAACACUGUGAUAAGGCCGGGAGCUUCAGGGUCCCUGAGGAAUUUUCUACUAAGAGUGUCCCUUGGCAAUCGCUUUAUUAAACCCCAAGUCCAGGGGCUUCUUGGCAUUCACCUAAUUUCUGGAAGACUCUCCUACAAGGUGGUAGCUGCUCUUUUGUAUUGCGGCACAAUGUUUGUGCUUCUGGUUGGGGGGGAGGGGCUGAUUUUUUUCUUCUUCUUCUUCUUCUGCAUUUGCACAGUGUAUACAAAAGCAUAAUGCAUUGUGAUGACCCUGAAGAGUUAACAAAUGGUUUUAGCACGGGCAGAGCGGCUUCUUGUUGAAAAGGUGUUACUCUCUUGUCUGAGAAAGAGCAGAAGGUGCAAUAACCCUGUUGUGUUUUCGUGUUUCUAGAAAUUAAACACGUUAUGUUUACAGAAUUGAGCUGCAGGAAGUGCAAGACAUGCCAACUUAAGAGCAUAAAGUGAAUGCAUUUCUCAAUACCCCAGCGAGUUCUGACUCUGAACUAUAACUUGGUGUUUAUUGUUUUAGGGUUUUUUUUUUUAAUGCAAAGACACUAGUCUGAUAAUAUAUACUGUAUUCCCAAAAACAUUGGUGUUACUUACCUUUGGGGGCAGAAGUCCAACCAAUAAAUUAUCACACUGUUAGUAGUAGAUUUUGUGUACCCUGGAAGUCAUAUCAUUAAUAUGGGUUGGUCCCAUCAAAGGAAGAGAACCCUUGCGAUGUCCCUAGACUUCUGCCCGGCAACACGGCGCAAGGGUAGGAAAAAACAGGAAGGAAACAGAUCAGCCAUUAUCUUCAAACGUAUUAUGAAAUCUAUGAGGAAGUAUAAUAUACAAGGACAGUAUGGCAGUGGUAGCCUUGACGCUUGGGUUGCUUGUUCUCUCCGAGCACUGGGGUAGGGAUUGUCAAUGAGGGGCUUGAUGUGAGGAUGUGGGUAUUAGGCAUGGAGGACAAUCCGGUUUUUAGGAACAAGCACAUCUUGUGUUUGCCUGCAAGUUCUCCUUGAGGGCCUAAACCCCAGGUAUCCAAAGAAAAGCAUUCAGUCCAUCCAAACAGAACCCAGAUGGUAUGCUGUGACAAGCCCGCAACCUGAUCUGCAAGUGGCAGCCGCUGCCCGUUCCCAGGGACCUGUGUGCGCAUUGGUGCCCCUGACCGCUCCUGCGGACCUGUGUGCGCCUUCAUUCCCCCGCAUCACCUUCUUUAUUCUCAAGAAUUCUGGACCUGACUCGCUGAGUUCGGAAAGGGAUUCCUGCAGAAGCCUGAUUUAUUCAGUGCCCUGUGGGAUAAGUUUCAGCCGGACAUGAAAGGAAUGCAGUGGUUAAAGCAUCAUGACUUAGCUUCCAGGUCAAUUUCCUUAAGACUGGGGAACGAAGAACUAUUUAUUCUGCCUUAAAGGGAUGGCAACUGGGCGGAGAUGACGUCAGGCGAAUGUAGACUAUGGGUACACUCCUAGUAGGCUAAUGUAGCAUAGAAAGAGAGCAGGUAGGUGUUUUUCUGUUAUGUAAGCAAUAACUUUUUCUGUGUCUUAUGGAGUAUGACUAGCAAUUAUUUAUUUCCAUGCUAGACGGUUCUUUGCAUGUGGGUUCCUUAUAGGUGCAGGCAUCUCGGCCAAUGGAGGUCCACUGGCCACUUUGUCAUUUGGACGAGCUGUUACUGGAUUGAAAUUCACACAUCAUUUCACUAAAAAUUGUGCCUUAGAAAAACGCAAAGCUGUUGCACACAGUGACGAACGGCAGAUUCGGAACACCAAAGGGAGACAGAGUUACUCCCUAGUUCCCACGGCUUCUCUUGGAGGUGUUUGCUGCUUUACGAGGAGGAAAAAAAAUGAAUAAAAGAUUUUAAAAGACAAAUAAAAAAAAAGGAAAAAUUUAAAAAGAAAAAGUUUUGAAAAUGUACAGAUCAAGUCCAAUAUUUUGAUGAAGCACCUGCAUGUUUUAUUAACUAUUUUAAUAAAUGUGGAUGUUUACACUUUGCAUGAUACUAACAGAGUACUUUAUGAGAAACGAUGCACAAAACAUGUACAAUGCGGUCAUUCAUAAGCAACUUUUAUAGAAUCCUUUUUACAUGCGCAAGGCCAUCCAUUAUGUCAGGAGCACAUGAGCACUACACAUUCUUCUGGCUUCACAAAGCCAUUUAUACAUAUUUCUUAGUGAGACUCAUUGUACGUGUAUCGAAGCUAGACUGGAGUCAAGAGAAAUAAAACCCCACUCCCCGAGUGCGGAACGUGCUUUCCCGUAAUGAACACUAGUCACCAGCCUGGAAUAAUCUCCAACAUCUUCUAAAUUCUAAUUGCCAACCGUUUCUAUUUCUAUUUGAUUUAUAUUUCAUUUAGAGGCAGUUACAUGGCAACUUCGGCAGACUCGAUCUUGUCGUUUCCCACUGCAGCAUAAAAGACUAUGAUCUAUUUCUCUUCAAAUAAUCUUUGAGAUCCCAGGGAGAAAAAAAAAUGCUCUGUUGUGUGGAGCUAUAAUGUAAACGUGUUUGUUUAAAAACCAGACGAGGCAAGAGAGUGAUUUAUUGGUCCUACGGGACUGACUGGCUGAUUCUCUCCUCUCGGGCUCCCAACGCUUCUUUCCCAAGGACAGAAAUGGGUGACUCUGCCUCUCACUAGCAAACUUUCAUGGCAUCUGUCCCUCUUUCCAUGUAGCGUCAUUAACACGAUACAUAUGCUAGUUACCAGUACAUGGCAUAAGAUUCGGUGAGCUGAAAUGAUCCGCCUCUUGAUGUGAGUCCAUCCAAAGAGAUGCUCCUGUUCUGGGUGGGCGACUUUCUGUAUCGGUUACACUAACUUUCAUUUACAAUAUUUAUUCUAAAAAUGCCUCUGAGAAAUAGUUUAAAAAAAUUAAAAAUGAAAAGUUGUCUAAGAUGCAACAGCUUUUAUAGUAAAUGUACAUUUAUAAA